UCUGCCAUUUCUUUUCCCCUCAUCACUAUCACGUCGUCCUCGCAUCUGCGUAGCCAUGGGCCGCUAUGCAGUCUUCAUCUCCGGCCCUGCAGGGAGCGGCAAAUCGACAUUAUGCUCAGCUCUCAUCGCUCACGCCAACACGCUGGGUCGUAAUGUCCACCUAGUCAACCUUGACCCGGCAGCGGAGCAUUUCACCUAUACGCCCACUAUCGACGUCCGUGAGCUCGUUUCCCUACAGGAUGUCAUGUCCGAGUUGGGACUGGGUCCCAAUGGAGGUUUGGUGUACUGUUUCGAAUACCUGUUGGAAAACUUGGAUUGGUUGGAAGAGCAGCUGGGCAGCUUUGAGGACGAUUAUUUGAUCGUGGACUGUCCAGGUCAGAUUGAGUUGUACACGCACACCAACUUAGUGCAGAGGGUCUUGAGCUUCCUCGCUGUCAGCCAUUCGUUUCGACUGUGCCAACUUUACUUACUGGAGAGCCACUUUGUCGAUGACGUAACGAAAUUCUUCGCCGGCACACUGAGCGCCAUGAGUGCCAUGAUCAAUCUGGAAGUCCCCUGGAUCAAUGUCCUCUCUAAGGUCGACCUCCUCUCCCGCGGAACAGUAGGCUCAACAUCCUCCGCCUCCGGCACUUCCCUCGCCGCUCGCCGAUCACUAGAACGAUACCUGGACCCAGACCCGCUCCUCCUAGCAUCGAGCGCUAACGCCUCGACCAACCCGCGCUUACACGCCCUCAACGCCGCAGUGGUCAGAUUAGUUGACGAUUUCUCCGUCGUACACUUCCUCCCUUCGGACGCCAACGAUGAGCAGUCCGUGGGGACCCUGCUCAGUCAUAUCGACCAUGCGAUGCAGUAUGGCGAGGACGAAGAGCCCAAGGAGCCGAGGGAUAUGGAUCGAUUCGAGGACGAAGGAGAUGGGCCAGGGGACGAGCAGGAGGAGGUGGAGAGGGAUUUCGAAGAUUUGUUGAGUGGCAGGAGUGGGGUGGCAGGGGCGGGAGGCAUUGAGAUUUAG